AGCAUCAGGUGAAGUGACCAUAAAGAGAUCAUGAGGGAGAUAUGACGUGUGGAAAGAGAAACUUAACUAAAUGGAAACUAGUCCAUUGUAACAAUGCUAUAAAUAGUCCUGUGACUGAAACUCUUCACUUGGAAAGACAGCACAUCCCAGACGGAGAACAUCAUGGGUGUCUCAGGUUUAACCAAAUUAUUAAAUCAUCAUGGAAACAUUUUAGAAGAUUUUAAAUUCAGUGAAAGCAAGCUGGUCGUAGAUGGUAGUAAUCUGUUCCACUCUCUUUAUUUUAAAUCACGUUUGGAUCAGAAGCAUGGAGGGGAUUAUGAUGAUUUUGAGGACCAGGUCUGCAAGUUCUUUAAGGCUCUGAGAGAUUGUGGCAUUAAACCUUAUGUGAUUAUAGAUGGAGGCUCCGACCACACCGACAAAAAGUUUAAAACUCUCAAAAAUCGAGCUGAAUCAAAGAUCAAGAAUGCCAAAGCCUUGACUGAAUCAAAUAAUCUGGAAAGAGAUGUACUACCAGCCCUUGUCAAAUAUGUCUUCAAACAGGUCCUCUCCAGCCUAAAUGUGCCAUUCACACAGUGCAUCUGUGAGGCAGACCAAGGAAUAGCCCUCCUGGCUCGAAAUUGGAAAUGUCCAGUGCUGUCUGAUGACAGCGACUUUUAUAUCUUUGACAUCGUGGAAGGAUGUCUGCCCAUCUCUCAUUUUCAGUGGCAGGAGACGUCUGUGAGUCAACGAUAUAUCAAGUGCAAGCGCUACACCACAGUCCUGCCAGAUUGGACCCUGCUGCUGUUGAUGAAGGGUAAGCUUCCCUCCCGCAUUGUGAACGUGCUGCUGCAUAAGAGGGUGAUGCAGAGUGCUCAAGUGGAAAAUCACGCCUUGGUCAGUGGGAACACCACCUCUCAGUUCAUACGGCAGGUACUCUAUGGGCUGCUGCUGCUUGGGAGCUCCCCAGUGAAGGAGCAUGACAGGAAAGGCAAGAACCUCAGAACCGAUGGGAGGAAGGCGGACCCGAGCAGUCAAAAGGUCUCAGAGGUGAAAGAGUAUGACAGGGAAGGCACGGAGCUGACAUACAGAAUGGUUAAAGCCAUCCUGCCCAGUGCUGCACAACACCUGCAGCUAGACACGCUGGAUAAGGCUCCACAUUCAGUGCGGCUUGAGGUGUUGGAAACCCUUCGUGUGUCCCAGUCCACUUUGAAUGGUAUCCCACCUCAUCUGGAACUUCCUGUGGCUGUUACCUACUACUGGCUGAGGCACGCCCAUCCCCAACCAGACCGUCCUCUCCUGCAGGCCCUGCUACUAGGACUGGUCUAUGGAGAGUUCUGCAGAGAGAGGAAGUGCCAGGGGAGUGCAGCCAAUGACUCCUCCCCUUUUUGUGUAUCUGGGUUCAUAGUGGAGGCCGAGGGACCCGUGUUGGAGAGGCUGAGAGAGCUGACUCAGAAUCCUGUAGGAGCUGAUUUAAACCUGGGUGUGGCCUACGCCUAUAGCCAAUGGCAGUGCUGCCUGAGGGAGGGCCUUAACCUGAACCAACUGCUGUGCUUCCCUCUAACUGAGCCUCAGUGUGCCUGGCUGUACAGGGGCACUCUGGUGCACCAGCUUGUGGACCAACUGAGACGGGGGGGGUGA